AUGGCUACCUGGGAGCUGUCCCCGCUGCAGCGACACGCCUCAUCUCUCGUCCUCCCCGACUCUCGUCGCCUCGCGUCGGUCCACAAGGACCGCGUCGUCCUGCGCGACCUCGAGACCCUCAGGGUCCUCCGCACCUGGACCCUGCAGCUCCCCGCCACGCGACCCGCCACCCACAACGACUCGACCUCGUCCUCGUCGCUCAACCUCGCCGUGUCGCCCUCUGCGCCGUUCCUCCUCCUCGUCUCGGCACCUCGGCACCGCGUCGCCUUUGUGUUUCACCCCGACCAGGACGGCGUGCAUGCUCGGCUCGACAUCGGCCACGAGGGCGCCGUCGCCGUCGAGUGGGCUCGGCUCGGCCCCGACGGCGAGCAGGUCGUCCUGUGCUGGAGCACUCACCACCUCCGCCUGUCCUUGUUUCGCCUGUCGGACCCGGGCAACGCCCUCCAGAUCCUCAACCCCAAGCACUCGCAUCCGCACGGCUACACGUUCCGCCCCGACGGCGCCUUCCUCGCCGUCCUCGAGCGGCACAACUCGCGCGACGUGAUCGGCGUCUACUCGACCUCGGCGUGGGCCCUCAUGCGCUACACGCUGCACAUCAUCACGCCCGACGGCCGCCUCCUCUCGACCUUCUCGCCCUACGCCACCCUCGCCCCGCCUGCGCCUACCUCCUCCUCCUCUUCUCGGGCGCCGCUCCGCAAACCCUCGGCGCCCGCAGCGCCGCCUGCGCCCGAGCUGAGCGCUCACGAUCGCGCACGGCAAGAGCGCUCGACGGCGCCGUUCGUCGGGCUCGGGAUCCGGAACGUCAAGUGGGCGCCCGACGGCGAGUGGAUCGCGGUUGGUGGGUGGGACGGCAAGGUGCGCAUCUUGAGCAGGCAUGGGUGGGCGGCGAUUGCCGAGCUGGGCCUGCCGACAAGGGUGCUCGAUCCUGUUAGGGUUUGGCGCGAGCCGGUCGGCUGGACCGAGAAGACUCGAGGGAACGGCAUCGUCAGCUUCGAACCCGACUCGCUCCCGCAGUCGCUCACGCCGCUCGCGGCCAACUCUGCGGCCGCCGUGCCGAGGAUGGGCGUCGCCAAGCUCGAGUGGAGCCCGAGCGGACGCUGGAUCGCCGUCUGGGACGCCGCACACCCUCAGCUCGUCGCCAUCUACGCCUUCCCUCUCUCGUCCACCCUCGCGCCCUCGGCCUCGACCCGCCCUCGGCUGCACACCCUCCUCGCGCACGCCGCCUCGCCCUCAUCGACCACCACCUCGUCGACCUCGGGCGUGCGCGCCCUCGCGUGGCAGCCGCCCGUCGUUCGCGACGACGAGGACGAGGACGAGACGCUCGUCGUGCUCGCGGGCGAGAAGAAGGGCUUCACGCUGUGGCGCUCGACGGCGGACGGGGUGGGCGUCGCUGAGUGUGUCGGUAUCCCUGCUCGCGCCGACAUCCCCUUCCCUGUCUCGGCCCUCUCGUUCGCCGCCGACGGCCGCAGCCUCCUCCUCUCGGCUCCUCCCGCGCCGACGAGCGCCGGCGGCUCGGCCGGCGAGGGCACCUUCUGCAUCGCGUACCCGGUGUGGAGCGACGACGUGUCGCUCGAGGACGACGGGGCGGGCGAGCGGACGUGGCUCGCGGAGGAGGACGGGGCCGGGCUCGAGGGCGACGGUGGCGCAUGAGCAGGGACAAGGGCGAGGGAGGGCUACGCAGGAGGGAGGAACACGGCCCACAGCGCCGUCGCGACGACGCCCCACACCUCGACGUACCGCACCCACGCCCGGCCCGCCCUCGCCGCCGCCGCAUCGCUCCCUUCCCUCCCUCGCCCUCGCGCGAGCCCGCGCUCGACCAGCUCGGCCGCGUACCACCACACGACGGGGCCCGUCGCGCACACGCGCAGCGCGAUCUGGACGUGCGCCGACACGACGAGGAGGAGCGUCGUCGCCGUGUGGAGGUGGACGUGCGGGACGAGGGCCUCGACGAGGUGCGCCGGGGCGGGCGCCGUGAGCGGGCGUUGCUCCUCGGCGGCGGGGCGUACGGGUGCAGGUACGGGUACGGGGAGGAGCGAGGAGGGGAGGAAGGGCAGGGUCGAGUACAGGGCGGCGCGGGCGUUGCGGGUGUAGAAGGACCACGAGGCCGAGAGGGACAGGGCGAGGACGGGGGCGGCGAGG